AGACUGCUGGCUAUAUAAGGAAGACCAGGGAUACGGUAAGAUCACUCAACUGCAUUGGUGGCGGACUGAACACCGACUUACUUGAGCUGAGAACCCGAGCUGACAUGAUGAGAUCCGUCAUACUAUUACUCCUAGUCGCUAUCCUGUCUGCAAAGACGCCUCAAUGCAAUGCAAGCGGCGACUACAUGAGCGUCUGCUACUUCACAAAUUGGUCACAGUAUCGACCAGGAGCAGCAAGGUUCUUACCCGAGGAUAUCCCAGCAGAACUCUGCACUCAUCUCAUUUAUGCGUUUGUGAACAUUAACGCGCAGACGUUUAAAUUGCAAACUUACGAAUUUAACGACGAAGAUUUGUACAGAAGAGUUGUAGCUCAAAAGAAGGACAACUACAACAUGAAGGUUUUGCUAGCAGUAGGGGGUUUCAGCGCUUCAUCCAAGGUAUUCAGCGACAUGGCUCUGACGAGGGAGCGCAGGCAAAUCUUCAUUGAGGAUUCAAUCGCGUACCUGCGCAAAUACGGGAUGAACGGACUAGAUAUUGACUGGAGUUCCCCGGACCCAACGGAGGCGGACGGCAGGAAGACAAAACAGAACUUGCCCAAAAUUGCUUGCUGUAAAAUAUCUAACCGUUUCUGUGUGUUUCAGGAACUCAAGGAAGCGUUUGAGGCCGAGGCAGAAAGGACCGGAAAUGAAAGGUUACUCUGCACGUUGGGUGGUGCUGCUGGACAAUACUUCAUCGGUGGUGGGUAUGAUUUACCGGCUAUAGCGAGGUCAGUCGACUUCAUCAACCUGCUGUCCUACGACUAUCACGGCCCAUGGGAGAACAUUGUCGGCCACAAUGCCCCGCUGCGGGACCCUUCCUCCACCCUAUCUCAGACGUGGACCGUAGAGCAUUACAUGCAAAAUGGAAUUCCACCGAAUAAACUCAUCCUCGGCAUUCCGGCGUACGCCCGCACUGCUCGCCUUAGGAAUCCAGCUCAGCAUGACUUGGGUGCACCGAUCACUGGUUCGGGUAACGCAGGGCCAAUCACCAACACGGCCGGUACCCUGUCCCAGUACGAGGUGUGCAAUCUUCUACCGACGUAUGAGCAGACAUUCAGCGAUGCACAACGGGUACCAUAUGCGUGGAAGGGAGACCAGUGGAUUGGAUUCGAGAAUGCCGUUAGCAUAUCGGAAAAGGUUAAACUGGUUGAGACACACGGCCUGGGCGGCACUUGCUUGUGGGCUCUCGACCUCGAUGACUUCAACAACCUGUGCCAAUACAACACGCACAAGUUCGAACUCCUCACGUACGUCGUCAAUGAACUGAAGAGCCGCAGUGAAAUGACAACCACACCAACUUCACCUACAACCGCGAGAACGACACCUACCACGAGAACAACACCCACCACGAGAACGACACGUACCACGAGAACGACACCCACCACGAGAACGACACCCACCACGAGAACAACCGCCACCACGAGAACAACCGCCACUACACGAACAACGCCUACAACUCCACGUGUCAUAACCUUCUUCCCUCCCGCGUAA